AUGCCCGCCCACCAGAUCAUCGCCGCCGCCCCGAUCCACGACUCGCCGCUUAUGACGAAGCGGGAGUGGGCGGAGAAGAUGAUGGGCUCGGUGCGGCCCCCCCAACUCAUCAACGUGCGCCGCUCGAGGGGGGCGCUCCGAAAAGGCAUGGAGGACGCGAAGAGGAUCGUCCAAGACGGUUAGUUAUUUUUUAUAUUAAAAAAGAGAAGCCGUAACUCUUGUAAAAGUUUUUGCGUUUCAAAACUACUUUUUGAGGAUUCUGCUAGAAGUAAAAAGUGCUCAAUAUAAACGCCCUUUCUCAUUGUUUUAAUUGUAGGAUCCACAUUGCCGUUGGUCUCGGACCACUACACGGGAUCAAAGAACUCGGCGUUCCUUGAUCAGGUCUUCCGAGACCAAAAGACCAUCGGAAGGGGCUCGUUCGGAGAGGUGUUCUCCGUGCGGUCCCUGGAAGACGGUGGGCUCUAUGCCGUCAAAAUGAGCUCGCGAGAGCUCCGGCAAACGAGCCCUCUGAAGUAUAGAGAGGCAGUCAACCACAUGGUUCUGCCGAGGCAUCCGAACAUUCUUGGAUUCGUCCAGGCGUGGGAGGACGUGGGCCGUCUCUACAUUCAGACGGAGCUCGCCGAGCAGAGUUUGCUCGCCUUUUGCUCGGCUGGCGUCUCGGAAGACCAAGUGUGGCACUUCGCCAUCGAUAUUCUCCGUGCGGUGGAUCAUCUGCACGCGCAUCGAAUGAUCCACUGCGACAUCAAAACGGAGAACAUCCUGGUGACGAAAGGGAGCAUCUGCAAGCUCGCCGACUUUGGAUUGGCCACCCGACUCGACAAGGUUAGUUUGUGUUCUUCUUUUUCCCCUCUAAAACACUUCUUGUAUUUUUCAGCCGCAAGAAAUGGAGAGCGCAGAAGAGGGAGAUUCGCGGUACCUGGCAAAGGAGGUGCUCAACGGCAAGCCGACAAUGUCUUCCGAUGUUUUCUCCGCCGGAAUGACUAUUCUCGAGAUUGCGACGGAUCUUGUGCUCCCAGGAAACGGCGAUGGAUGGGACGACAUCCGGAACUGGCGCAUUCCCGACCGUUUCUUCCAUUCAAGAACCGAAGAGCUGAAGGAGUUGACGAGACGGAUGCUGAGCAUAGUUCCAGAGAUGCGCCCGACGACUCAGCAGCUGUUCGAGUUUCCCGGAAUCAAGAAACGAUUGGAAGGACGGGAGGAAUACGUGAAAACCGCCGAAAUGGUUAGUUUCAUUCUCACUUUCUUCUCAAUUUCAUCGCUAUAUUUUUCUAGAAACGACUCGCGGACGCCGAAAACAAGAAGGAAGAUGAGGAAAAGCCGACGACGCCCACUCUCGGAAUGAUUACGCCUCCGCGAAUGUCAGUUUGAAGGUGUUCACUUCAGUUUCAAACCAACCUUUUUCAGCACGCCGCAAACACCGAAGAAGACCUCUGUUAAGAAGGAUUCGAAAUCGACGCCGUUUCCGAAGAAGCUGAAAUUGGAGGAUUCUGACGACGAAGAGGAUCCGUACUCGCCGCUCGUCCGACGCAGUUUGAAUAGAAGGUAAGUUCUGACGGACCUAGUCAUUUCAAUUUGAUACAUUUCAGAAAACUUCCGGAGGCCAGACGAACACUGUUUUCAAAGGGUGACGAGGAGGAGGAGGAGUGA